CAAGCAGCGAGAGAAACAGAGAUUGUUCCUGGCCCGGCCUGUCUGGCCCUGGAACCAGCGAUGCCCCUCUCCACAUCGCCUAGCCCUCUCGGUCAUCACUUCUGGACCUUUACCCGUUUUGGUGUCUGUUCCUGGCUAAGCAGGGUUGUUGACGGGUUGUGAUGGGCUGUUGAUGGUGGAUGAUAGAGCAGAACGCGAUGUCUUGGUGACGACGCCCCUGUCACCACACCAAGUUCCCCCAGUUUGACAAUGUCUCUUGCUAACACGCCUCGCAGAAGGGCGCUUCGAAUGAGAUUGUUUCCAUCCCUUCAAAAUGGCUCUCAUCUCCCUCCCUUUUCUGGCACAUCCCGGUUCCUGGUUUUUUGACACCACCACUCUCUCUUCAAACCAUCGUCCAAAUCCGCGAGUUAUCUUGAUAACCCGCUGUCACUCCUUUCCGGACGGGUCUAGCAAACAAAAGCACAACUUUUAGCACUCUUAACCACCAACGAGUUUUACGAAUCUCUCCACGAUCUCCCGAUAGUUCAAGAUGCACUUCACCUCUGCCGUCGUCCUCGCGGCCGCCUUCGCCGGCGUGUCUGCCCACCCUUCUGCCCACAACCACCAGAAGUUCCACGAGCGCCGCAGCGCUGACGCCGUCGAGGAGCGCGACCUGACCUUCAUCAAGAACAUCCUCCCCUCCACGACUCCCUCUUCCACCUCUGCCGCCCCCGCCGCUACCUCCGCCGCUUCCACCGGCGGUGUCUACACCCCCUUCUGCAGCGGCUCCAACAGCAAGCGCGCCACCAUCGCCGAGAUCGCCUACUCUGGCAACACCGGCAGCGCGGACAACUGGGGCUGCAACAUGCAGAUCGUCAACGACGCCAGCGUCUCCCUCUACAACUACACCACCACCUUCACCGCGAGCGAUGCCGACUACUCUUGCUCGUGCUUCAACAAGAUCGGCCCCAAGGGCCUGAUCGACGGCUGCUGGUUCGCCGCAAUUACUUUCACCGUCAAGGAGGGUCAGUCCAAGAACGUCGCCUUCGACGCCGACUCCCAGGGCUCAUGCGCCUGCGGCUCCGGCACCACGGUCCCCAAGACCCCCAUCGGCCAGUUCGCUGGUACCUGGCUCGAGUUCGACUGGGGCUCCACCCCCAACGGCGGCAACUCUGGUGCCGACGCCUCCGUCCUCGUUGCCGGCUCCCAGAGCAUGCCUUACUACGGCAUGAAGGUCGCCGCCAACGGCAAGACCUGCUCCUGGGUCAAGUCUGACGGCACCAACGAGGGUGCUUACAUGCCCGGCAUGGAGGCUGAGGAUGGCGUCGGCUGCAAGGGCUACUACAAGGGCCACCUGGACGUCACCCUCGGCGACAAGUUCACCGCGUAAGAAAGGCUCAUCCUUUUCUUUCCGCCUGGUCCAGUCUUCUUCCCUUGCCUGGGGUGAGUUUUUCGUCGGGGAAAGGGGGUCAUCUCACACAAAACCCACGCAAAAAAACCUCGCCACGAUGACGAAGCCCAGUAAUGGAUGUUUUCCUUAAUCUUCAGAGCUUCUUGACGGCGCAUGGGAUACCUCUUUUCUUUCGGGGCACAUAUUUUGGAUGGUGCGGCCUAUUUGCCAUUGCCCCUCGUGCCCACCACCAGCUUCUUCUGCUUUGGACAUUUGUGCAGAUUUCUCGGGAUAUGGGAAAAAGCGUUAACGAACAAGACGGUUGGUUUAAAGGGACGCCUUGUUCAACGGAACGGUUACAUAAAUCUAGUCCCCCUACCUACCCACACAUAUACCUAGUGUCUGCUGCUUAAUGCGACAUCAAAAAAACUCAUCCUCUAAAACCUACUUAAGCUUGCCUCCCCAUCUGUGCUCAGUGUGUGUGUAUCGUUCAUCCCGUCAUUCGUCUCAAAUUUGAUUAGCAGUGGGCUUGCCGCGUCUAGCGAGGCACAGCUGGGGAUCAAGCUUCAGAACCGUUUCAUCCACGACAUGGGAUGUCGGCAACGCUUGUACGACC